GGAGAAAAGAGAAAAGACUCAGCUGUGACAAUCUAUCUAGUGUAUGUUGUGUGGGAGUGUAGUGUGACUGUCAAUGUCAGGAUACCAGCUCUUUUCACCGUGGACCCCACUGGACGAGAAUUUGCGAUGGCUACGGCACACAACACCUACCCUUUCAUCCAAACACCCUUUUCGGGACUCUUAUUUCUUACCACAAUCCCCUUCUGACCUUGAAGUACAAAGGUGCUUUCAGGAAGUUGCUGUUGUCUUAGACAGCCCACCGGUGGCUAGUGCAGAGAGCCCAGAGUCACCUGGCCAAGCAUCAGAGGACCAGACCACCGACAAGAAGAAACUACUGGUUAAGAAACCUGAGCCGAUCCGCCUCAUUGGAUUGGAUGCUGUCUUUGGCGGGUCUAUUACAGUCCAGCCACCUAAGUGGACUGGAACCUUCAGAGUUUCAGACACAUCAGCCUUCUCUAAAGUUGUCAGUAAGAAGCAACAGUGGCCCACAGGACUCAAGGAGCCUCAGAUUGAGAUGAUCAUGGCUAUGUGCAAGCAGAUGCUACGCUCGAUCCUCCUCCUGUAUGCCAUAUACAAAAAGUGUACCUUUGCCCUGCAGUACUCCCAGUAAUGUGCCCCCAUCUGACUCCUGUACUUCACACCACACUCUAUACCUGGAGCCUAUAAAGAUCUGUCCAUGUAAAUCAAUCUGGAACAUCAUGCUUGCUAAUUUGCUCCUCUGUCAAGAUGGGAGAAUCCAGAAGCUCCCCCCCCCACCUUUCUUUUCAGAAUCAGGGCCAAUGAGCCUGAUCAGAAAGGUCAUUUUGGCUGAACAGACAUUUAAACAUGAAACUAUCAUUGCCAUGACCGUGUGAUAAAGAACAGUUAAAUCACCCAAACCAACCAAUCUAGUGUGAACAUACUCAAGCUCCAAAGAUAACGAAGAGCUGGCAGCAGAAACGGACGAUAAAAAAGACGGGCAUGGAGUUUUCAGUGUACCAGAAGAUGAAGAGAUCAACAAUCAAAAUCUAUGUGCGGGUUAAGUGCUAUUUUGAGAUCAGCCUCCCAUCAUCAAACAUACCCUAACUGCACAACCCUACCUAAAACAAACGUGGACAAAAAUAUUAACAAAUAUUAAUCUUUACAGACUGACAAGGAUGAAAUUGGUAGCAUCUUUAAGACUGGACUUUUUAGUGAAAGACAGGAGAGUCCUCAUUUCAGCUCCCAGUGUUCAAUCACCAAUAAACUACAAUUGCUUUAUUUAGAAGGAGUUGAAAGUUUCUCAUUUCAAACUGUAAUUUAGUCCUAAAUACAGA